AAAAAAAAACCACCUCCCAAACUGCCACUGAGAUCCUUUUGUGUUGACCAUCGACUGUGGGCAUGGGGCUGCCCUUAAGAAUGGCUCUUGUACACACUGAGACUCUGGCUGUGUUCAGAAGACCUUGUUCCUUGGUGUCCCCCAGCCUCUAGCUCCUCCACUCUUUCUGCCCGUCCUCUGUAGAGUUCCCUAAGCCCUGAGGAGGCAGAUUGAUGGAGACAUCUCAUUUAGGCCUCUCAUUGUCUACACUCUGUCCAGCUGUGGCUCUCUGUAUUUGUUCCUGUCUCCUGGAGGGGCUUCUCUGGUGAUGGUGAUCUGAAUACAGCAGAAUGUCAUCAAGAGUCAUUUUAUUUGCUAUGUUCUCAUCCUGUUGGUCUCAACCCACUUGGGGGCCGAAUGACCCUUUCACAGGGGUUAUCUAAGUUCAUCAGUAUUAGAAACAUAGACAGUCACAUGAUUCAUAACAGUAACAAAAUUAUAGUUAUGAAGUAACAACAAAAGUAAUUUCAUGGUUGGGGGUCAUCACAACAUGAGGUCACUUAACUGUAUUAAGAGGUCUUAGCAUUAGGAAGGUUGAGAACCAUUGCUUUGACAGAACAGUAGUAUGUGGUUUUAUCCUAGAUUCCUGGCCUAUCUAGUCCUAGGUCCUUGACAACUGAAGAAGUAUCAGAGAUGAGUUCCAUCUCUUGGAAUGGCCCUUAAAUCCAAUCAGACAUUUGGUGUGGUGGUUUAAAUAGGUUUGGCCCCCAUAGACUCAUGUGUUCGAAUGCUUGGCCCAUAAGGAGUGACACCUUAGGGAGGUGUGGCUUUGUUGGAGUAGAUGUAACCUUGUUGCAAGUGUCUUACAGUGGGACUGGGAUUUGAGGUCCCCUAUGCUCAAGCUUUGCCCAGUGUGGCUUGUGGCCUCCUUCUGCCCACAGAUCCAGAUGUAGAACUCUUGACUUCUCCAGUGCCAUGUCUGCCUGCACGCUGCCAUGCUUCCGGCCAUGAUGAUAAUGGACUGAACCUCUGAAAUGUACGGACAGCGUUUUCCUGUCCCGACUAACUCCAAGAAACGCUGUUUCUCAGAGUUGAUAAAACCAUGGCACAAAACUAUGUCGAGUGGAUUCGGUGCGGCACUGUGUGCGGUUUCCACUGCUCAGAAAUCAGAGCCACUUGGAUGACAGCGGCAGGCCUUUCAGAGAUGGCAGCAGAGGCCUCCUAUCAAACUGGAGCAGAGCAGGCCUCCAGAGCCGCCAGGAAUCACAUCCACUUGAAGUCACAGGUGCAGGAGGUGUGCCAGCUGUCCCAGAAAGCAGGGACCAAGCUGGCCGAGGCGCAGACACAAGAGCUGCACCAGAAAGCACAGAAGGACACAGAACAUGAUCCAAUCAGAGCCUGGUUCCCAGAGCUGGGGAGCUUGCUCCAUGGUUAAGAGCACUGGCUGUUCUUCCAGAGGAACCCAGAUCAAUUCAUCACCCGCACACCAGCUCACAGCGCUCUGUAACUGCAGUUCCGAGAACCUAGUACUCACUUCUGGCUUCCACCAGUACCAGGCACAAAUUUAGUACAUAGACAUUUAUUCAUAAAAUGAAAAUCAAUGUUUUAAAAACAAAAAUAAAUAGCUUUCAAGGCUUCUAUUUCUGUGGUCACAAAUAUUGUCCGACUAAAUGAGAAUAAAUGCUCUCUUGUAUGUCUAAUAAAAUACAAAGUAAGUGCUC